GAAAUUAAACUCAAAAGCAUAUUUACUUCGCGAUGGAUUCUCGUGGCCUAAUUCUCCUUCAAAUCAUUGUCUUGUCGAGCCUUGGGGCAAAAGCUUUCUCAUUAUCUCCUUAUUACUAUCAAAAUAUUUGUCCCCAAGCUUUGCCGACCAUAAAAAAAGUAGUGCAGGCUGCUGUGUAUAAAGAGCGACGUAUGGGAGCUUCAUUACUUCGUCUCCACUUCCACGACUGCUUCGUCAAUGGGUGUGAUGCUUCGAUUCUUCUUGAUCCUUCGUCCACCAUUGACAGCGAAAAGAACUCUCUCGCCAAUCGAAAUUCUGCUCGAGGAUUCGAAGUAAUCGACGAAAUUAAGGCGGAGGUCGACAGGAUUUGUGGACGCCCUGUGGUUUCUUGUGCUGAUAUAUUGGCUGUUGCAGCACGAGAUUCUGUAGUUGCACUUGGAGGGCCGUCAUGGAAAGUGCGACUUGGUCGGAGAGAUUCAACGACAGCGAGUCGAACGCAGGCCGAUGCCGAUCUCCCGGCUCCAUUGAUGGAUCUUCCAGCAUUAAUCAACAACUUCAAGAAUCAAGGUCUAAACGAGAGAGAUCUGGUAGCUCUUUCCGGUGGCCAUACCAUUGGGUUGGCACAAUGUUUUACCUUUAGAAACCGAACUUAUAACGCAACGAACAUCGACCCUGCGUUUGCGGAAAAUAGAAGAGCGAGCUGUCCACGCACCGGAGGAGACGCUAAUCUUGCUCCUUUAGACGCAACGCCUGCAAGCUUUGACAAUGCGUAUUUCAACAACCUGGUGAAGCAAAGGGGUUUGCUCAUUUCGGAUCAAGCUCUUUUCAGUGGCGGCUCCACUGACGAUCUCGUCAAUACUUACAGAAUGUACCCUCGCGUGUUUUGGAAUGAUUUUCGAAAGUCCAUGAUUAAGAUGGGAAACUUGAAGCCUUUGACUGGAAACCACGGACAACUUCGCACCAACUGCAGAAUGGUGAAUUAUUAAACACUACUAUGUAAUUGUUUUAUGAAAUUAUUUUGAUAAAACUUUGUUCCAAUUGUUUUCAAAUAAGCCCCUUUUCUAUACCUGUUUGAAUUUUUUAUGAAAU